AUGGCAUUGAAACACAAACAAAAGGCUGUUCAAGAGCCCGUUUCCGAGUCUGGAUCUGAUUCCAGCGCUUCAGUAAGCGCAGCUGAGCAAUCUGAUGAAAGUGACUCCGGUAUUGAUGACGAGUUUGAUGUUAACGAAGUCUCUUCAGAUGAACCAGGUAGUGACAGUGAAGAUGAUAGUCAAAAUGAAGAUGAAAGCGCCGCCAGCGGAAGCGAUAGUGAUGACGACAGUUUUCCAAUGAGAAAAAAGAAAAAGGUUACCGACACAGGCAGUGAGUCGUUUGCCAGCGCGUUUAAUGCCAUCAUUGGAUCAAAGUUGAAGGCUUAUGACAGAAAGGAUCCCAUCUUGGCCAGAAACAAGAGAACUUUGAAGCAGUUGGAGUCGGAUAAGUUGGAAGCCAAAGCUAAGAGAAUGAUGCGUGCAGAAAAGAAGGAGGGUUUCGAUAGACAGAGAAUCAAGAAUCUUCUUCCCAGUGCAGAUGAGCCAGAGAAGGUAAGGGACGCCAUUGAGAAGGAGAGAAGAUUGAAAAAGGUUGCACAGAAGGGUGUGGUGAAGUUGUUCAACGCAGUUUUGGCCACACAAGUCAAGACUAACCAGGAGAUCAGCCAGGAGAAGGUGGGACUGACUAAGAAGGAAGAGCUCGUCAAUGAGAUCUCCAAGGCAAAAUUCUUGGACUUGGUGAAGGCUGCGGGGCAGACAUAG